UUUCCUGUGUCACCAAAACAUGUUUUAAUGGAUAGGUUUCCAAUUACGCCAUCUUGUGUGUCAUAGGGGUGAAAGAACACAGGUGGUAGGUGAAGGUUGAAGUUUUUUUUCCAUCGUUAAUUUAUCCGUAUUGGUCUAAGGGUGGUGGUGACGUUAUUGGAAACCUAUCCAUUGGAGACUGAGUUACCUGUAGGUGUGAAUUUGAGUGUGACUGGUUGGUUGUUUCUAUGCUUGCCGUUACCAGUUCAGGGUGUACCCUGCCUCCUGCCCCGAGGAUCUUCCACAGGGUGAGGUUGUUCUCAGAAAAUGACAUCAUGGCUCACAUCACCAUCAACCAGUAUCUGCAGCAGGCUUCCGAAGCCAUCGACAACCAGAAGGGGUCACUUUGUGCUGAGCUGUUGUCUUUUAAACAUCCACAUGUGGCCAACCCUCGCCUCCAGCUGGCCAACCCAGAGGACAAAUGUCAGCAGGUUCUUGAGCCGCCAUACGACGAGAUGGUGGCUGCUCAUCUCAGGUGUACAUAUGCAGUUGCCAAUCACGACUUUGUAGAAGCCUACAAGUUCCAGACCAUUGUUGUCCAAUCCUUUUUGAGAGCGUUUCAGUCACACAAAGAGGAGAACUGGGCACUGCCUGUCAUGUUCACAGUCACUCUGGAUCUCAGGAUUUUUGCCAAUAAUGCAGCGCAACAAUUGCAACAAAAGGGCAAAGGUCAACUGAGUGAGAUGCUUGAAAAAGCAGCUGAGCAACUAAUGAGCUGCUUUCGAAUAUGUGCCAGUGACAAUCGAGCCGGGAUCGAGGACUCGAAGAAGUGGGGCAUGAUGUUUCUAAGCAACCAGCUCUUCAAGAUCUACUUUAAGAUCAACAAGCUGCAUUUGUGCAAGCCGCUCAUAAGGGCCAUUGACAGCUCCAACUUGAAGAACGACUACAGUCCGGCUCAGAAGGUCACUUACAAGUAUUACGUGGGCCGCAAGGCCAUGUUUGACAGUGACUUCAAACCCGCCGAGGAGUUUCUGUCCUUUUCCUUCCGACACUGCCAUCGUGACAGUCAGAAGAACAAGAGAAUGAUUCUUAUCUACCUGCUACCAGUCAAGAUGCUGCUGGGUCACAUGCCGACCCUUCAGCUCCUGGAGAAGUACGACCUCCUACAGUUUGCCCAAGUCACCAAGGCUGUCAGUGACGGGAACUUGCUGCUGCUGAACGAAGCUCUGUCCAAGCACGAGACCUUCUUCAUCCGCUGUGGCAUCUUCCUCAUCCUGGAGAAGCUCAAGAUCAUCACGUACAGGAAUCUCUUCAAGAAAGUGUACCUACUGCUGAAGACCCACCAGCUGCCUCUGGACACCUUCCUGGUGGCCCUGAAGAUGAUGAAGGUGGAGGAUGUCGACAUUGAUGAGGUGCAGUGCAUCCUGGCUAAUCUCAUCUACAUGGGUCACAUCAAAGGUUACAUCUCACACCAGCACCAGAAACUUGUGGUCAGCAAACAGAAUCCCUUCCCCCCGCUUUCUACAAUCUCCUAGGCCUCAGUGACCCCACAACUUGCUAAAAAUCACUUUUGUAUAACCAAAUUUAAAACAUAAAAUGAAAGCCUCUGCUUUGGAAUUUGGAAUGGUCUGUGACUCCUUCAUUCUUGAA